CCUGAAUUCAGGAAACUGUGGCUCAGUGAUAGAUGUACUUCCUCAGAGUUGACACAAAGCGAUGGCAGCGGUAGUUCUGCUUCUUCUCCUCCUUGCACUGGUGGAUUCAAUUGAAGGCUCUGAACGUCAGUUUGUGAAAUCUGGAUCGAACCUCCUACUGGAAGUAAAGACAAAUGAAUUUGGCGAAGAUUACAUUUUUUUUUGGAAAUUUAAUAACAGUGAUAAUCUUGUAAGAUUUAUUCCUAGUAGUAAUACUACAACCUUGUUUGUAGAAAGAAUUGAUUUCUUUCAACACAACUACUCUCUGCUAUUGAGAAAUGUGCAACACAAGAACACUGGAAACUAUAAGGCAACAGCAAAUGGAAAAACAGAAAAAACUGUAGCUGAAUACACAGUUAUAGUUCAAGAUCCAGUGUCUCCAGUGAAACUAACAGUGACCUGCAUUGAUCCUAACUUCUAUAACUUCACUGCAACGUGUAUAACAGUGGAUUCUCAAAUUAAUGGGACUUAUCAAUGUGACAACAAAACCUGCCAUUUACUGAACCAAACACACCUGAAGGACUCAUCUCUGAACGUCUAUGUAAAGGAAAGCUCUAUCUUCUGUAACCAUAGCAACGAAGUGAGCUGGAAACAGGAUGAAAAGCCUUUUCAUUCUCUCUGUAAAAAUCUACCAGCUUCCAACACAGCCACCAAAGUUGGGAUAUCAGUUGGAGCAUUAGUGGUGCUGUUAGUGGUAUCUAUAAUCUUUGUGGUCAUAAAGUGUAAAAGAAAGAGGAGCGCAAAUACAGUGUAUGAAGUUCCUCAGGAACCUCCACAGAAUAACCCAUAUGCAAAUCCUACAGAAAUUACUGAAACUCCUUCUCCAACAUCAACGUAUGCACUGGUGCAGUUCUCCAAUCCUCCUGUGCAGCUGAAUGAAACCAGAACCUCCACAAACCCACAGCCUGAAACUAUUUAUGCUCAAGUUGACAGAGCUGCCAAGUCCAACUCAAAGCCUGCUGCAGCCAGCAGAUGACAGAGAAAGAAAAUCAAAAUGGACAAUGUAUAUAACUGUUUUAACUGUGGCAAAAAUGAUCACGAACUGCCUCUCUGAACCAGCUUUUAAAUGUUUUUACAAAUUUAACUUUACAUCUACUUACUGAUAAAACUGUAAAAUUCAUGAAAUUCUUUUAUCCUCCACAAACUCAGGUGGAAUUUGUGGACCUAAGAGAUUUACAGUUAUUAUCAUGAUUAAUAUCAGAACAAUGUAUUCUAUGUUUUGUUUUUAUCAUUAACUACAAAAUACAUUCUCUUCAUCUUUUAGUAUUUUAUUUUUCAGUCUGUGAAAAUUGAAAUUUUGCUAUUUUUUGCACGUUUGUGUUCUAUACUUCUUGCUGCUAUAGGCUCUGUUUUUUGUUGAGGUGCUUAAAAGUAAAACAUAUUUUAAUUAAAUAAUUGGUUUUAGGAAUAAAAUAUUAUUACUGAAUUGUGUGUUAACUUAGAAACAGCCACACACGAGACAUUCAAAGACAAGAGUAGAAUAAUAGAUUUUCUUUGUGCAUUUUCACAACAUCAUCCUGUUUCUCUGGAAAUAAGUUAAUGAUCUGAAAAUGUAAGUAAUAUUUAUUGAACUGUUGAGAUAAAAAGCUUCAGGAUUUAAAUAAGUGGUAAAAAUAUAGUAAUAUCAAAAUUUUUUCUAAUGUUUAGUUCUUAGUUUUCUCAAUCUUUUCCGUGCAGCAGUUGCAUGAAUCACUACAAGAGGGAGAGCAACCAGGUCAGAUAAAUAAGAAAUGUUUAACCGUUAAUUGAACCUCUGGAAAAUAUGUGUAAAAAGCUUUAAAGUACUGUAACAUUUCAUUUGUUCACGUGUAUUAUUCAAGUAAAUUAGCUUACUGAUGUA